ACCGUCGUGUCGCAGGAGUGGUAAAUGUGUAAUUAUCCGACAGCUAGCGUGGUUAUGUAAAGCAAAUGAAGGGUUACAUUUUAAAGGUGUAGUGGCCAGAUGUGUUCACUGUACUCGGCAAGCUAACGUUAGCUAGCAGCAACAUACAGUACAGUAACGUUGUAAUGUGUUGCCGUGGCGUUAGGUAUUGCUAUUAAAGCGAGGUUAGUGUAAAGUUGACUGAUGUAUAUAGUUAGUAAGCUAGCUCGACUCGUUUUCGAGUAAUUUGAUGAAACAAGCCCGUCAAGAGGCAUAACGUUAAAACAACUCAGCUUUAACCGCUUGAAGAACGGCUUGUCUAAUAGGCAGCACUGACCUUCAGGCAGAAAGGUCAAGCAUUGUGAGGGUGGAGCCCAAUGGAUCAUGAUGGUCAGUUUGAGAGGGAGGGCAGAGUAAUGUCACAAGUUCAGGUGGGUGGGGUUGACCUCUGUGAUAACCUACCCAGCCCUGAAGCUCUCACUACUGCCCAAACUCGAAACCUCAAUGAGACAAACACGCUCACACAGACUCAGAGUCACUCUCCUUCACAAAAUGAAGAUGGAGGAGGGCUUGGGCUCAUCCAAAAAGCGGCUCUCAAUGACAAUGGGAAGAACGAAGAUGGGAAGGAGGGAUACAAAGGUACAGAUGGAGAGGAGGAUGAGGAAGAAGACAUUGAUGAGGUGAUGAAGGAAGAGGAGGAUGAAUCAGAGGGAUCAAGUUGUCUAAUUCACUGCCAGUCUCCAGACACUCCCAUGACCGAUUCCUCCUAUUCAGAAACUGGCAGUCUGUUGGAGACUCCGUAUCCUUUCAGUCCUGUGACUAGUCCAGAGCCUACAUCCCCUGUCAUUCCAGUGGUCAGUCCAGAAACUGCAUAUCCCAUCAGUCCCGUGGAAUUGAGCCAGAGUGAUACUGAAGUGGACUUUGAUAACUCCAACACUGGAUCAGUUGCCUCCACCUCAGGGUCCAUUACGUGCACAUUAGGACCCACCUUCACCACAGGGCCUAUAGAUUCUACGACACUAACCAUAACCUCAGACACAAGGCCCACCAGCCCAGUUGGGCCUACAUGUAUCACAGAAGCUACAGCCAGAACAGCAAAAAAUAUUAACUCCACUACAGAACAUCUUACCUCAUCUACAGAGACUGUCUUCAACCAUGGGCCUGCAUGUACCAGAGGACCCGCCGGUUCAUAUGCAGAACCUAUCACCUCAACUGCAGAGACAUUUACUGUAACAGCUUGCACCACAAGGCUCAACACAUCCAUUGCUUCCUCUCCUAUGAGUGCAACAACAGGACCCGUUAACUUCACUACAGGGCCUACAACUACCGGUACAGAAUCCAGCUCCACCACAACCUCAAAUUGGCAACACAUUACCUCUACUGCAGUGCCCGCUUGUUUUUCAGUCUCCACCUGCACCGCAGAGCCUAUCCCAAGCCCUGCUCUACUGGCUUCUCUGGAGCAGUUGGCACAAAGAGGAGAUGACACUCACCUUCCACAGUACCUUCAUCAGAUUGCUGAGGCCUUUGUCCAUCAUGAAGAUUACCAGCGAGCAUUAUGGUGCAUCCAACUAGAGAGACUCUAUCACCAGAGAGUAUUAGACAACCUGAAUGCACUACAGAGACAGUGGGAGAGUCAGUCUGCAAGGACCUCCUCUGACCUGGCAACCCAACAUCUGGACACUCUAAGAUACAUCUGCCAGACACACAGUCGGCCGAGGGCAAGAGAUGCUGUGUGUGCAUCUCUGAACAUGUUGAGGCCUACAUUUGAAGAAGGUGUUACACUGCCUUCAUGCACCUCAGCCCAUCAGAUUGAAAGAGGGAUGGAGCAGAGAGCUGAAGACUCCUCCCAUUCUCAGAGCAGCCAUCCAGUCACACCCACCAUUAAUUUGGCAGAUAGACUCAAUUAUCCUGAGAAGUCUGAAAAGGACAGGGAAGACCCAGACAGCAAAUUAGAGGGGAGGGCUGGUUUCCAUGGAAGUCCACUGACUGACAGGGAGGGAGGAGGAGUGCCGGGAUACACCAUUUCAGUCCGAGGAAAUGGAUUACACCCCUCUACAGCUGGAGAAAUGGAUCAGUCCAAGCCCGCAGAGCAGCAGGGAGGAGAUUUAGGUCCAGUACAGGAAAAGGAGGCAAAAAAGGAAGAAGAGGAGAGGGACGUGGAAGAGGCAGAAGAGGCUCUGGAGAUGGAGGAUGAGGCCGAAGAAGAGGAGGAGGAGAAACAGAAGGAGAGAGAGACUCCUUUCUAUCAGAAAGGACUUACAGUGGAGACUCUGGUCAGUGGGGCAGAGGUGGAGGUACAACAGCUGCACCAGGGAGCCCUAACUGAGGAGACGCAACAUGAGGAGACCCAGGAGAGCAAUAAAACCUGUCUGCACCAGGAGGCCCACCUUCCACAAGAGGCUCAUAUGAAACAGCAGGAGCAGGCAGAGGAGGGAGAGGAGGGGGAGGAGGAGGAAGAAGAGGAGGAGGAAUACGAAGUAGAGCAAGUUGACAUCAUCAGACAAGCUGCCUCACUGGAUGACAUGGCUAAACUCAUCACUGUAGAGGAGGUAUCUCCUGCCUCUGGCCUCGUCUCCAUACUGAAGAAGCGCAGUGUGCAUGUCGACAACAUAAGUGCAUCUGCAAGUUCAGAGCCCCGACCUGACAAACCCCCCGCCAAGAGACGCGUCCGCUUCAAAGUUCCUGAUGACGGCUAUGACCAGGAUGUUGGCGGUGGGGACUCCUGCCUGCUUCUCUUCCUGCUUUGUCUGGUUACUGUAGUGAUCAGCAUGGGUGGCACCGCCCUUUACUGUGCUCUGGGUGAUGCCCACUCCUCUGUCUGUCAGGACUUCUCCAGAAAUGCAGACUUCUAUAUCACCCAGAUUCAGCGCGGGAUAGCUCAGAUCCAACACUGGUUUACCCCGGGGUCGUAGUAGCAAAGCAUUUUGUCAACAUUGGGGAGCCACUGGCUUUUCUGUUCAUCAAGUAGCAUUUCCUGCUACUUUCUGGGUUUUUUUUAGGAAAAUGGUGCUCGGCAGCUGCUACGGUCCCGGUUUCUAUUUGGGGCAAGUGGCUCAUAUGCUGCUGAAUUGGCUAAAUAAUUAUAUCAGAUACAGUUGGCAUUUGUAAGCCUGCUCCACUGCAUUUUAGCACUCUUUGAAUACUAUCCCGGAAUCCAUUGAGACUAAAAGUCAUGGGUCAGAUCACGUGUCAUUCCCUUUAAAACACUAGUUUAAGAAGGGAACACAGAAGUGAGAGAAAGAUGACAACUGGGGAAUGCAUAAGAAAAGAGGAAGAACUGACCCACGGCCCUCGCAACCCUGUCAAGAAUGAAAAGGACACACAUCCUCAAGCUAGGUUUAGAAAUUCUUACUGUGAUUCAAGUGUUCUAAUGAACUAGCUGAGAGCCGUCUCCGCACAGACGUUCACUGUCAGCCAGUGAUACUUCAGUCUCAGUUGAUACAUCAGCCAUGACUGGAUACAAACUUUCACUGACUCACACUGGACUCCGAGUCUCGACUCCCUCACUUAAGAAUAAGAACAAAGUGAGCUGAAACCUGUGUAGUUGUAAAAAAAAUGACAUAAAAUGUAUAGUUUGUUAACUGGGGGGCAGAGAGAAGCUCUGCUCACACAUACUGCACAAACCGGGAAGUGUCCCAAUGGGCAUUUUACAAAAUGUUGCAACUACUGGUGUUGCUUUUAUUGUUGACUUUUUUUUAAAUCACAUGAAAUUUUAAAAUGAACAAACCAUUCUGUGGUCUACUACUUGGAAUGAAAUCAUUAUGUCUUAAUCACAUCUUAAACCUUUGAAUGAAUGUCUGCGGAGUUAAAUGUUAAACUUUGUGUCAUCUGUGGGACAUUUAUAUAUUGUCAGAAAUAUAUGGAAAAGGUUAUUUUGUUAUCUAUCAAAACUGAGCUGCUACUGGACAAUUGGCACAUCAAAUAUAAGUCAAGGGGGAAAAUUACACAAUUCAAUGCAAAUAACUGAGAUCUUAAGUCACGCAUUGCUUUUGCAACGAGCAGUCGCUGAAGAACUCUAUAUCAGCUCUGCUCUAUUUGAGCUGUACUUUUCCCCCCUGCACACAUUUGACACAAGUGUCCUGACGCUGCCCUUUUCUGUAAAACUACCAACAAUGGAUCUGCAAUGAGCUGACAUGGCUGCCACUGGGGACUAAGAGUCUGAUAUGUCUGUUUAUGUGUUUCAGUGAGCUAGAUUAAGCACUGCUUUGUGUAGCAUAUGCAACAUGUACAGGAACACAGUGCACCUCUGUAUAUAUUCUCUCAAGAAUGUUUAACAUGUUGCACAUAAGAGUGGUACGAUCGGUUUUUUUUUGUUUGUUUUUUUAAAGAUAUUGCAAUAUUUCUUCAGGCAUUUUUCUGUUGGCACUAGACUGAACGCAGUCUUUACAUGAUUUCAUCCAAAACAAAAUAUAUAUUCAUAUCUACAAACAGCUUUCAGGUUCAGUGUGAAAAAUAUCUACCAGAUCAGACACCUGAAUAGAAGGAGAUACUCAUUUCUUAAAGGGGUCUGGCUGAGUGUGGAAUAUGUCAGUAAAAAACUGGUGAAUGAAAAUUGUGUAACUAAUAAUAAUUCAGUCUGAUUUAUCAGUACGAGCCUCGUUGAUGGGAUCAUUUGAAGCACGGUGUCAGUCCAGCUGCCCGCUGUUCUUAGGGAUCUGAACAUCAUCAGUAUUUUGCAUUUGUUUCUCUUUUGUUUGUCAAGUUUUUGCAACUCAAAAGGAUUUAUUUUUUUUGCCACAGCUUACUCUUCAUCAGUAGUCAUCAAAGUAACAUUUGCCAGUUUUGUUAAACUUGUAUCUUUGAGUGGAGAACUGAUUUCCUUUAUGAAAUGUGUUUUCUUCUGGGGCCUAAUCUUUGUCCAUGAAACCAACCCUUUACUGUCACACCAGUGCAUUAACUUUUGUUUCAGUUUAAAGCAAAUUUUGCUCUUAUUGGGGUCAUUUUUACUCCGUGAGAUCACUCUUUGCCUUGUCAGGCAUCCGUACAUGUUAUGAGUUAUUGUGGAUGUCAGUGAGGAUGCCAUAACAAGUGCCCUAGAAAAACACAUAUCUCACAAAGGUCUUAACUGUCAGAAACAAACAGUACAGAUCUCUCAUCAGAGAGGAGAGAUGCCAGUGUCUUACCUAUGCAUUUUUAGCAGUUUAAGAUAAACAGUAUUAUUUAUCACUCACAAAAAUUAGAAAAUUAAUUUGAGGUAUGAGGUUCUCCCAGGAUGUAAGGAAUAGUAGAUUUAUUCUUGUUUUUAUUUGCACAUGUCCUCUGGCUGGUUCAGAUGACUAUUACUCAGAAAACCUCUUAUUUAAUCUUGUAGGUGGUUUUAAUUAUUUAUGAUACAAAGGAUGCAAAGUGUAAGAGGAGAUGAAAAAUAUGAGAUGCAUCUUUGUUUUGUUUUUUUUGUUAAGCAUCUUCACUUGAUUGUCAUCAUUCUGUACAUUAAAUAGCUUUUCAUCUCUUAUAUUGUCUUAAGGAGGCUUUGACAGAACUUAUUUUAUAACUGAACUCUUAUUAACAUCAUCAUCUAGGUCAUAAUUGUUGUUUGUUUUCAUCCAUUUUCAAUUACUAGCUCCUGAAAAUUAUUUUAAAUUGGCAGGUUUGUCGUGUUUCUCUCGAUGUCACACAUGUUAAGUUUCAGGUUUCUUCAAUCUAUAAACAGGAUUUGUUUCAUUUGUUUUACACAAUUGGUUUCUAACAUGACACUAGAAAUUAACGAAUGAAAAGUCAUAUUUUUUGUGUAUGAAUCAGUACUGUGUGGCACCAUUAUCAACAUGUGGGAAGGUGUUUUAUGCAUUGAUGAGUCAGUUCACAUUGUUCUUACAGAUUGUUAUAAAGAGGUGAGGGUUUAAUUUUUUUUUGUUGUUGUUGCUGAAAAUCACCUCUGCCCUGUUAUGUCUCCUGUUAAAGCCAUUAGAAAAAAAAAAACUGUGA